UAAGAAAGUAAAGCCACAGAGUUCAUGAGUCACAAUCUUGAAAGAAGAAAAUUUCUUUUACAUUGGAAAUCUUCUCCAAGAAGUCUGGUUGCUAAAGAGAGACUGACAAGAAACAUCACAGAUUCAAGUGUGACAAAUAAAAACAGAAAGAAAGUCUGAUUUUGCUUUGUACAAACAUGGGAAGCAACUCUGAAGACCCUUCUCAUUGUAAGCAAAAAGCAGCAAAUGGGAAUUAUGUUGCUCCACCAGUCUCCGAGGAGCAGAAGAAUUUUGAUAUGCUCUAUACAAUCGAAGAUGCGCCUCCAUGGUAUCUUUGCAUCCUCCUGGGAUUUCAGCACUACUUGACGUGUUUCAGUGGCACCAUCGCUGUUCCCUUCCUUCUGGCAGAAUCUCUCUGUGUAGGGAAGGACCAGUACACCAUCAGUCAACUGAUUGGCACCAUCUUCAGUUGUGUGGGGAUCACCACCCUCAUCCAAAGCAUUGUGGGCAUUAGGCUUCCUCUGUUUCAAGCCAGUGCCCUGGCAUUCCUGGUUCCUGCCAAAUCCAUCUUGGCCCUGGAAAAAUGGAAAUGUCCUCCAGAAGACCAAAUCUACGGCAACUGGACAUUACCACUAAACACUUCUCACAUAUGGCAACCAAGAAUGAGAGAAAUUCAAGGAGCUAUCAUCAUUUCCAGCCUGGUGGAAGUGGCAAUUGGAUUGGUGGGCAUUCCUGGGGCCUUACUCGGCUACAUUGGGCCCCUGACAGUUACACCCACUGUCUCCUUAAUAGGUCUCUCCGUCUUCCAAGCAGCAGGGGAUAGAGCUGGAUCACACUGGGGCAUUGCCACAUUGUCUAUUUUUUUAAUUGUUCUAUUUGCUCAAUACCUACGAAAUGUUUCCUUUCUCCUUCCUGGUUAUAAAUAUGGGAAAGGCUGCAUUUUGAUCCGGAUACAGAUCUUCAAGAUGUUUCCAAUCAUACUAGCCAUUUUGGUGGUCUGGCUGCUUUGUUACAUUCUGACAGUGACAGAUGUGUUUCCUCGGGAUGCCAAUGCCUAUGGAUUCAAGGCCAGAACAGAUGCUAGAGGAGAAAUCAUGUCCAUAGCACCUUGGUUCCGCUUUCCCUACCCCUGUCAGUGGGGGAUCCCCACCGUGACUGCGGCUGCUGUGCUGGGAAUGUUCAGUGCUACGUUAUCUGGCAUCAUUGAGUCCAUUGGAGAUUAUUAUGCCUGUGCCCGACUUGCAGGCGCUCCCCCGCCACCUGUGCAUGCCAUCAAUAGAGGCAUUUUUACAGAGGGAAUCUGUUGCAUCAUUGCUGGGUUGCUAGGCACUGGCAACGGUUCUACUUCCUCCAGCCCCAACAUUGGAGUCUUGGGCAUCACCAAGGUGGGCAGCAGGAAAGUGGUACAGUAUGGUGCAGGAAUCAUGCUUAUUUUAGGAACCAUUGGCAAAUUUACUGCUCUGUUUGCCUCCCUCCCUGAUCCCAUCCUUGGAGGGAUGUUCUGUACUUUGUUUGGUAUGAUCACUGCAGUAGGCCUCUCCAAUCUGCAGUUUGUGGACAUGAAUUCCUCCCGCAAUCUUUUUAUCCUGGGUUUUGCAAUGUUUUUUGGUCUUACCCUUCCAAACUAUCUAGAUUCACGUCCGAAUGUUAUCAACACAGGCAUUGCUGAAGUGGACCAGAUAUUAAGAGUACUCUUGACUACAGAAAUGUUUGUUGGGGGCAGCAUUGCAUUUAUAUUGGACAACACUGUUCCAGGGACUCAAGAGGAACGUGGCUUAGUACAGUGGAAGGCUGGAGCACAUGCCAACAGUGAUGAAUCUGCAAAACUGAAAAGUUACGAUUUUCCAUUUGGGAUGGGUGUAAUUAAAAGGACUCACUGGUUAAAGUAUGUACCAGUGUGCCCUGUUUUCAAAGGUUUUAAGUCAAGAACAAAGAAAGAUCCCACUCUAUCAGAACAAGUAGAGAAUACAGUGGAUGCACCAGAGAUGUGUACCAAGGUUUGAAGGGGUUGUCCAUAGUAUAAUAAAAAGUUAACAACAGAGACUGAAGAAAGGUUUAGGUGUAUUUAAAAUAUUCCAGUGAAAAUGUCUCAGAUCAGUCAAGAUCAAUGAGUGAAUCACAUCAGAGGACAUUUGUGUGGCUAUUCAAGAACUUUUAUUUUUAUAUAUAUUCUCUUAAAAAUGUGAUUUAAGAGUUCACAUAAGCAUUGUCAAAACACACUCACUCAGAGACAAUAAUUUCAUUCAUUUUCAUUUGCAAAUAUCUAGUAUGAGUUUAGAAGGAAAAGAGGUACUUGUACUUGUAUAUGUACCUAAUGCUGGAAGACAUCUAUUCUAAGACUCUGAGAUCUGGGCCACAAAAUCCAGCAGAUGAUAAAAAGAUACACAAAAUAAUCUUUGUUCCCAUCCAGAUUUUAAUAGCCCAUAUCUGAUCAUGUGUCAUCCAGGGUCAAGCUAUUGUAGUCAAUCCCAAUUAUGUGACAUUUGUUCAUACUUACAUGCAAGUAAAACCUUGGUUUUUACUGACCAGGGUUUUUUUUGGGAGGUGGGGGGGGGUGAGGGGACAACAAUGUCCAUAAAAGUGAAAUAUCUGUAACAUUCAAUCUGAUAUAUUUAUGUCAUUGGUUAUUUCUGUCAAUUUCUGUCAACUGUGUAAUGAAGCAAAAUAUGUCAAUUGUUGGCAAUGUGCCAUAAACAACAGAUUUUUCCUACUAUUUGAGGUAAUAUCUGAACUAAAAUAUUAUCCGUAAUUCAGAAUCAAAAAUUGAGGUUUAGCAGUCACUUGUUUCGCUUUGGUAAAUCAGGCACUUUUAUUAAAAUAGUAAUAGGUGGUAGAUAAUCUGAUGAACACUCUUAUCAAGAUUUUCUUCACAAGUAUAGGAAUUAGAUGUAAUUCCAAGAAUCAAAUUCUGUUUUUAUAUACACAUAUAUGAAAUGGUGCAAAUAUCCAAGAUCCAUUCAUCUUUUUACAAUUAUCAUCCUUUUACAAUUAUUAACAUGUUUGUCUUAUAGAGACAACCAGUAAAGGCUGAAACCUAAAAUGAAAUUUUAGCAAAUCUGAACUGAGUAAUUUAGCAGUAGAAAAAGGAAAUUGGAAACUUGCCCUUCCAAGUGUUGCCAGAUUAAACUUUUAGCAUCUUUAUCCAUUAACAUGGUGGUAAGGUAGCUUGCGUUGAGAUUCAGUGACAUGUGGAGAGGCCCAAACCCCCAUGCCAUACCUAUUCAGGUAUUUUCUUGUAUACUUCUCAAGUAUGUACUAAAAAUAAAUAAACAAUACAGCUACAGUCCAUUCAGAAGGUAUUCAGACCCCCUUCACUUUUGUCAAUUUUGUUAUGCGGCAACCUGAUUCUACAGUUGUUGAAAUAGAUUUUUUUCCUCAUUAAUCUGCACUUAGUACCCCAUAAUGACAAAGUCAAAAGAGAAUUUUAGAAUUGUCCAUAAAUUUAUUAAAAAGAAUGUCCUGGAGUGGCCCAGCCAGAGCCUUGACUUGAACCCUGUUGAACAUCUCUGGAGGGACCUGAAAAUGGCUGUCACCAACGGUCACCAUCCAGCCUGAUCUUGAGAGGAUUUGCAAGGAAGAACGGCACAAAAUCCCCCAAUCCAGGUGUGCAAAGCUUGCUGCGUCAUACCAAAAAAAAGACCUGAGGCUGUAAUUGCUGCCAAAGAUGCUUUAACAAAGCACUGAGUGAAAGGCCUGAAUACUUAUGCCAAUGUGAUAUUUCAGUUUUUUUCUUUUUAAUAAACUUACAGACUUUCCUA